AUGAGCGAUGUAUACCAUCCUGGAUCUGGUGGAUCGAAAGGAUUCCCGCCAGCUCCUUAUGGUUAUCCAAUGCAUUGUAAUAUGUCUCGUGCCUUUCAAGAAAUGACUGAUGAUGAACGAAAGUGUCUUGAUGAACGAAAAUACUGGUGCUUUCUACUAUCAAGCAUAGUAACAUUUUGUGUAUCAAUGUUACUAGUUGUUAUUUGGAGAAUUAUAGCGCAUAUUUUUUGUCAACGGCGAGAACGAGAAGAAACUGAUGCUGUAUUUGACCAGGAUGAAGGAAAACAUGAAUUAUUGAAAGGUGAUUUAGAUGGUAUAGCAAUUAAACAGGAAGAAGUGCAAAUUGGUUGGAUGACAGAAGCAAAAGAUUGGGCUGGUGAAUUAAUAUCAGGACAAAGUAUGACAGGGAGAAUUUUGGUCGUAUUAGUAUUUGUUCUAUCUAUUGGUUCUCUUAUCAUCUACUUUUAUGAUGCCUCACAUCCAAAUUUCCAAGUAGAAACAUGCGUAUCAUGGUCCGACAGUCCAUCACAACAGAUCGAUCUCGGCUUCAAUAUUUUCUUUCUCAUUUAUUUUUUUAUAAGAUUUAUUGCUGCUUCCGACAAAGUAUGGUUUUUAUUGGAAGUUUAUAGUUUCAUUGAUUAUUUCACAAUACCACCUAGCUUUGUUGCUAUAUAUUUGGAAAGAAAUUGGCUAGGUUUACGUUUUUUGCGUGCACUACGAUUAAUGACUGUACCAGAUAUUUUACAAUACCUGAAUGUAUUAAAAACAUCAUCAUCAAUACGUCUCACUCAACUUCUUUCAAUUUUUAUAUCUGUUUGUUUAACAGGAGCUGGAUUUGUUCAUGUACUUGAAAACAGUGGUGAUCCCUUCAAAAAUUUUGCUAAUACACAUCGUAUAACUUAUUGGGAUUGUGUUUAUUUCUUGUUGGUCACAAUGUCUACUGUUGGUUACGGUGAUAUUUACUGUACAACAUUUUUGGGAAGACUAUUUAUGGUAUUCUUCAUUCUUGGUGGAUUGGCAAUGUUUGCUAGUUAUAUACCGGAAAUAGCUGACUUAAUUGGAUCAAGACAAAAAUACGGAGGUGAAUAUAAGGGCGAGCAUGGCAAAAAACAUAUUGUGGUUUGCGGUUAUAUAACUUAUGAAUCAGUUAGUCAUUUUCUGCAAGAUUUCCUUCACGAAGAUCGCGAAGAUGUUGAUGUUGAAGUAGUAUUCUUACACAGAGUGCCACCCGAUCUUGAAUUAGAAGGCCUUUUUAAGCGACAUUUUACAAAAGUUGAAUUUUUCAGUGGAACAGUUAUGGAUUCUAUUGAUCUUUCUCGUGUAAAAGUUGAUGAAGCAGAUGCAUGUCUUGUACUUGCAAAUAAAUAUAGCAGUGAUCCAGAUGCGGAAGAUGCUGCAAAUAUUAUGCGUGUUAUUUCCAUUAAAAAUUAUAGUUCCGAUAUACGUGUCAUUGUACAAUUAAUGCAAUAUCAUAAUAAGGCUUAUUUAUUAAAUAUCCCUUCAUGGGAUUGGCGUCGUGGUGAUGAUGUUAUUUGUUUGGCUGAACUUAAGCUUGGAUUUAUUGCUCAGUCAUGUCUUGCACCUGGCUUUUCAACAAUGAUGGCUAAUUUAUUUGCGAUGCGUUCCUUCAAAACGUCACCACAUACUCCACCAUGGCUAAAUGAUUAUUUACGUGGUGCUGGUAUGGAGAUGUACACCGAGUCAUUGUCCCAUUCAUGUGUUGGUCUGACUUUCACGGAGGCUGCUGAUUUGCUUUUCACUCGUUUGGGUCUGUUAUUAUUAGCAAUUGAACUCAAAGAUGAUGAGAAAAAGGAAUGUAACAUUGCAAUUAAUCCAGCACCGACGACAACAAUUCAACCACAAACACAAGGAUUCUUCAUUGCUCAAUCAGCUGAUGAAGUAAAACGAGCAUUUUAUUGGUGUAAACAAUGUCAUGAAGAUAUCAUGGAUAUAUCACUUAUCAAGAAAUGCAAAUGUCGAAAUUUAGCUCUUUUUCGAAAAGGGGCAAAACAAGUGCAGUUAUCCAAGCGAAUUGCUCGUGCAACACCAGUGUCAAAUGCAUCAAAUGAUACAGCUGUACAAUUGCGCAGGCUUGAUGAACGGCGUUCAUUUGGGCAAAAGAAUUCAUUGAGUUUACCUCCAGAAAAUCGAACCAUAGAUUUUAGUAAAGAAUUUGAGCAACAGGAUAUGAAAUACGAUAGUACAGGAAUGUUCCACUGGUGUCCGGCAAGAACACUUGAAGAAUGUGUUUUGGAUCGCCAUCAAGCAGCGAUGACAGUACUAAAUGGGCAUGUGGUCGUUUGUUUAUUCGCUGAUCGUAAUUCACCUUUAAUUGGUCUUCGCAAUUUUGUCAUGCCUCUUCGUGCCUCAAAUUUUCAUUAUCAUGAACUUAAGCAUGUUGUUAUUGUUGGGGACGUGGAGUAUUUGAAAAGAGAAUGGAAAACUUUAUAUAAUUUACCCAAAAUUUCAAUUUUGAAUGGAUCACCAUUAUCACGAGCAGAUUUACGAGCAGUAAAUAUAAAUUUAUGCGACAUGUGUGUCAUUGUAUCAGCUCGUAUACCGAAUCCAAAUGAAGAUCCAACAUUAGCCGAUAAGGAAGCCAUUUUAGCAUCACUGAAUAUUAAAGCUAUGCAGUUUGAUGAUACCCUUGGCUUUUAUCCGUUACGGCAAACUGGUGGAACCGUGUCACCGCUUGGUAGUCCGCUAUCGUUACAAAAGAAAGGCGCACGAUUUGGUACCAAUGUACCAAUGAUUACUGAGCUCGUUAACGACUCCAACGUACAGUUCCUGGAUCAGGAUGAUGAUGAUGAUCCGGACACCGAGCUCUACCUCACUCAACCUUUUGCCUGUGGCACUGCUUUUGCAAUAUCUGUCUUGGAUUCUCUAAUGAGUACUACUUAUUUUAACGAUUCUGCUUUGACAUUGAUUCGAACACUGGUAACAGGUGGCGCUACGCCAGAAAUGGAGUUGAUAUUAGCAGAGGGUGCAGGAUUACGAGGUGGAUAUAGUACACCGGAGACACUGAAUAAUCGGGAUCGAUGUAGGAUCUCACAACUGGCCCUACAGGAUCGACCAUUCGAAGGAAUUACCACGGGUAGCUCCUACGGUCAAAUGUUUAGCACUGCACUGAAAAAACACGGACAACUUUGCAUCGGACUGUACCGGUUACACGACCAAGCAGCAGUUGAUUCUAACAAACGUUAUGUCAUAACAAAUCCACCAGCUGAAUUGCGAUUGUUAUUAAGCGAUUAUGUUUAUGUAUUGGAACAAUUUGAUCCGGGUUUGGAAUACGAACCAAGGAAAAACUUCUUAUGA